CCGCUGGGACUGACACGUGGACCUGGGCGGGGGCGGCCGCGGGGGCCGCAGCGGGCACCGGACACCUGCCGGGCCAGCCAGUGCCGCCGUGCCCCAUGCCGCCGCCCCCGGACGAGGCCCGCAGGGACGCGGCCCAGGACGCCCAGUGGUCCAGGCCCGAGUGCCAGGCAUGGACGGGGACCCUGCUGCUGGGCACCUGCCUGCUGUACUGUGCCCGCGUCAGCAUGCCCGUCUGCGCCGUCGCCAUGAGCCAGGACUUCGGCUGGAGCAAGAAGGAGGCGGGCGUCGUGCUGAGCAGCUUCUUCUGGGGCUACUGCCUGACACAGGUCGCGGGUGGCCACCUCGGGGACCGGAUUGGGGGUGAGAAGGUCAUCCUGCUGUCAGCCUCCGCCUGGGGCUUCAUCACGGCCGCCACGCCCCUGCUCCCCCACCUGGGCAGUGCCCACCUGCUCUCCAUGACCACCUCGCGGGUCCUCACGGGCGUGCUCCAGGGCGUCUACUUCCCGGCACUGACCAGCCUGCUGUCGCAGAGGGUCCGGGACAGCGAGCGGGCCUUCGCCUACAGCACCGUGGGGGUCGGCUCCCAGGUCGGGACGCUGGUGACCGGGGGUGUGGGCUCCCUGCUCCUGGAGCGCUAUGGCUGGCAGAGCGUCUUCUACUUCUCUGGUGGCCUCACCCUGCUCUGGGCCUACUGCGUGCACAGGUACCUGCUGAAUGAGAAAGCUCUCCUGAUGGCCCUGGGCGUCCUGGCCCAAGGCGUGCCCAUGUCCACCCGCACGAAGGUGCCCUGGAGGCAGCUGUUCCAGAAGCCGUCUGUCUGGGCCAUCGUCCUCUCCCAGCUCUCCUCUGCCUGCUCCUUCUUCAUCCUCCUGUCCUGGCUGCCCACCUUCUUCAGGGAGACCUUCCCCAGUUCCAAGGGCUGGGUCUUCAACGUGGUCCCCUGGCUCGUGGCGAUUCCCUCCAGCCUGUUCAGUGGGUUUCUCUCCGACCAUCUCAUCAGUCAGGGCUACAGGACCAUCACCGUGCGCAAGCUCAUGCAGGUAGGGUCUCUGCACUUUCCUUCUGGGGCUCCCGGAGCUUGGGGCUCGUGGCCCAAGUCCUCUGAUUUCUGGGACAGGGUGGAAGCAAGCACGGCCGACGUCCUUAUGAGCACAGGAAACCGGCUGCGGAAGGGGAGGCCACAGAGCAGCCAGAGGCCGGACGUCAGCUGA